UCUCGCUCGUCAUCCACACUUGUCAUCAUCAUUCGCAGUCAUCACCAUCAUCAGACGACGACGCGUCGCGCGGCUGUCUCUGGUGUGCUGUUGUAGUUUGGCAUUGGCGUUUGCCUCAUUCUUCACCUCAACACCAGUGUCUAUCGCCGCCUCCAGCGUCGCAACGAACAGCAACAACAACAGCAACAGCAACAACAACAACGGAGUUUGCUUUGCACAUCAACAACAACAGCACCCACAGCACCCACAGCACCCACAGCACCAAGACCAAGGCCGAGACAGGAUGGGCGCACGUGUGGAGGUGGUACCGGCGUCAACGCUGUUUGUGUCGGAGCCCAACCCAGCCUGGUUUGGAAACCCGUCCAACCCGAAAGGCGACAGCCGCUGGACAAACGCGAACUGGCUCAAGAGCCGCUUCCACUUCUCAUUUGCAGAGUACCAUGACCGCAGCAGGAACAGCUUUGGCGUGCUGCGCGUCAUGAACGACGACCUCGUGCAGCCGAACCGCGGCUUUGGCACCCACCCGCACGCCAACAUGGAGAUUUGUACGUACGUCGUCAGUGGCAAGCUCACUCACAAGGACUCCAUGGGCACCGAGGAAACCCUCUCCCGCGGCUCCAUUCAAUUCAUGACCGCGGGCACUGGCGUUCGCCACAGCGAGCACAACAAGAACAAGCACAAUCCUCUGCGAUUCAUCCAAAUGUGGAUUGUGCCGAGGGCGUCUGACCUGCCGCCCAACUACGGGUCGGCCGUUGGCGAUCGCAAGGCCCGACACAACAAGCUGGCACACCUGGUGGCGGACGUGGAGGACGAAGACGCGCCAGAGGACGUGCCUGUGCGCAUCAACCAGGACGCCAACAUCUUUGUCUCGGAGCUGGACGCGGAGAAGAGCGUGUCGUUUGACCUGCGCGCCGACCGCCAGGCGUACUUGAUUUGCCUGGAAGGCACGCUGCAUGUUUCGGCCCCACACGUGGACGGCAGCGACGGCAAGCCCACAGAGCUGCGCGCACACGAUGCUGCCAAGCUCUACGGACAGGACACGUUCACCUUCACCGCACCGCCUGACUCGCCAUCCACCACACACUUUCUCUUUGUGGAGAUGAAACGACAGUAACCAUCUGUGUGAAAAUGUGUGUAUGGAUGUCUCUGUGUAUGUGUGUGUGUGAAUAUGUGUGUGUGUGUGCAUGUGUGUAUGGAUGUGUGUGUGUGUGAAUGUGUGUGUGUGCAUGUGUAUGGGUGUGAUUGUGGAUGAACUCCAACUGCUUUCCCUUUUCUCUCCCUCUCGCCAGCGAUGACUCAUCACCUGCGUUUGAAGAUUUUCUAUUGGUAUCAUAAACGAUCAUCGGCGUGCACUCCAAAGCACUGCUCGCUCGGCA